AUGAGGCUAACUGUUAGAAGGGAUCAAUCUGAUAUACGAAAAAUAAGAGAUUUUGCAAAUUGGCUAUUGGAUAUAGGAAAAGGCAAACUUGUUGGUCUGAAUGACGGUGAAACGAUUAUCGAUAUUCCUGAUGAUAUUCUCAUUAAUGAUUCACAUGAUCCUAUAGGUUCCUUAAUUGAUUUUGUAUAUCCUUCAAUUUUGGAGAACUAUAGUAACACAAAUUAUUUCGAAGAAAGAGCGAUACUUGCUCCAAAAAAUGAAGUUGUUCAGGAAAUAAACGACCGUUUGCUUAACAAGUUUCUAGGAGAUGAAGGCGAAUAUUUUAGUUCAGACAACAUAUGUGAAUUUGAAUUUGUCCAUGAUCAGUUUGAUUCAAAUUUAUACUCUCCUGAUGUAUUAAAUGGUCUCAAAGUAUCCGGUUUACCAAAUCAUAAGUUAGUUUUAAAAAUUGGUGUUCCAAUAAUGUUACUGAGAAAUAUUGAUCAGAAAAACGGCUUAUGUAAUGACACAAGACUACAGAUUCCCUUCAAAUUCACAAGAAGACAAUUUCGUUUGGCGAUAUGUUUUGCAAUAACUAUUAAUAAAAGUCAAGGACAAUCGUUAUCAAAGGUUGGUUUGUUUCUCAAAGAUCCAGUUUUUUCACAUGGAAAAUUGUAUGUUGCUUUAUCUAGCGUUCAAAGUAGAGAAUGA